AUGCCCAACCAAAACAAACCAACCCCACCUCUUGAGGUGAUUGCUCCUCACAUCCUUCGGUACUGGAAAGCGCGUCAAACAGACAGGAAGAUUGUAGAAAACUUGCAGAAUCAUUUUGACACGUCUCGUUAUGGACUAGGAUACACGAAGUUCAGAGAGAUCCGCAAUGACAUGGGUCUCCUGCGUACCCGCCAGCAGAGCCACACCAUCGAAUCUAUCCGUGAAGCCAUGAUCGAGCUUCGCAAGGCAUACCCAAAUGCUGGUGCGCGGGAAAUGGUGAUUUUGCUAUUUCACGAGAAAGAAAUGAGCGUUUCAAGAAAUUUAGUGAUAGCAUACUGUGCCAUCUAUGAAGCAGACCUCGUACAUCAGCGAAAAGCUCGCCGUCUCAAGCGGAGGCGGUUCUGGGCCGCCGGCGUCAACGACCUAUUUGCUGUUGAUCAACAUGAUAAGUGGCUUCGAUUCGGUCUUGCAUUGCACACUGGAGUGGAGCCAUUCUCGGGUCGCAUCAUGUGGAUCCGAGUGUGGCAUUCCAACCGCAACCCCCAGCUCAUUCUCACUUACUAUCUUGAGACCAUCCAGAAACUGGGUUAUAUGCCACUAGUGACUCAGAGUGAUCCCGGCACUGAAAACUAUGGAAUCGCCAAUGCACACACUAUGCUUCGUCAAAUGUAUGAUCCGGCACUGCAAGGUACAUUACAACACCGCUGGAUGCGGACCAAGAAGAAUGUUAAACCGGAGAUCACUUGGUCUCAGUUGCGGCGCCGGUUUACUCCUGGUUUUGAAACACUCUUGGAUGAAGGAGUGGAGAACGGCUGGUAUGAUAGUGAUAACACCCUUCAGGUCAUGAUCUUCCGCUGGAUUUUUAUUCCAUGGCUUCAGUGUGAGCUAGAUAGGUAUCAGGACCGCGUUAAUAACACCCUCAAGAGGCCAGAUCGUAACAAGGUGCUUCCACACGGUGUACCUAAUCUAAUAUACGAGUCUCCAGAAGAUUUCGGGGCCCUGAACUUUAAGGUAACAGUCAAACAAGACGAUAUAGACUAUGUCCGCCGUCUCUAUGUGAACCCUGAUCAUCCGGUCUUCGAUUUGGUUCCCCGAGCCCUCAACAACUUCAUUCAAGGCUGUUAUGAAGACCUAGGCCGCCCUCCAAUCACUCGUCAGUCUGUAUGGACGGUCUACUUAGAUUUGUAUGAUUCGAUGCAGCGCUCUGUGCAGAGCCUUUGCCUCUCCUCGAAAACCAAAAUGACCUUUUUUUUUCAUGAGGAUACUGAUGGUGCUUACUAUAUGGGUGGCAUUCACGGCGGACAAGGUCUUGAUGCAUCUGAUCAUCACCGGCUGGAUGAACUGGCUGAGUUGGACGAACCAGGUGCACACUUACUGCCUACAGCCCCAAUCAUAGAGGAAGAGGCAUUAGUUAUUGCGGGAUUCUCUGAUGAGGAGGACAACGAUGAAACAUUUGAUUGGUGA